CAUGUUGCAGUGCAUCAUCCCGUCCUGAGAGGGGCGGUAGAUGUUCUCCCUCACGCAGACGGAGCAGAAACCGGAAGUUGAGAGCAGCUAUGAAAGUCAAACUGUAGCAUGGUGGGCUGGGGCGUGCGGUGAGGUGAAAUUAAAAAUGUCAGGUUACAGUUUGUUUAGAAUAGCAGCGUUCACACAAUGCGCCACAACCCAUGCUGCAGCGGCGGCCUGCAGGGCCAGCGUGCUACCCAGAACAGAGACGCGGGGAUAUGCGAAGAAAGUGGCGGCCAAAGGAAAAGGUAAAGGCAUGGCGAAGGAAGAGCUGAAAGGCCCAGAAGUGUGUAAAGACCCCGUCAGACUUACUUCUCAUGCAGUCGGGGUCAAUAUCUUUAAACAGGGAGAUGACCCCACACUGAAGGCUCCUGAGGAGUAUCCAGAGUGGUUGUACCAGUUGAACUUGGGAGAACCCAAGAAGCUGCAUGAGCUGGAGUCAGACAACUUGGAAUACUGGAAGCGACUGAGGAAGGAAAACAUUUGGCGUUUCAACAGACUCCAUAAGGGGAAGAAGUUUUGAGCUGUCAUUUGACAGUGGACAGAGGACAGAUCUACUGUACAGUGAUGUGCUUCAGACUCUUAUGAACUGAAUUACCACGACUUUUACAUGUUCAGAUCACAUUGCAAGUUUCUGGGGGAAAUAUGACACCAACUCUUCAGCACUUGCCAUUCAUCUCAUAGGUUAUCUGAAGUCACUCAGCAUAUUCAGUCAUUUAGCUGCAUUGGCUCCUCUGGGAACUUUGCAUGAAAGAUGAUUGCUCGAAGUUUUCCUGAUUUACUCUUCAGUACAGUAUAUGAUGUCAGGAAGUGUAUGACGGGUUAUGUUGAAUACAGUGAGGCCUCUCACUGAAAUGCAGUGUGUAUAAUGCAGUGUAAUUCAACAUGAAACCCCAGUCUCAUCAAAAACUUAAUACCAGAAGCAGAAUAAAUGAUGGAUCAUGCAUUUUGUCCUUGGACACAAUUCCACCAAAACUUCCACGUGGCACAAUCAGAGCUCCCGAACAGCCACUAAAUGGACUCAAUGGUCUUUUAAAAAAAACAAUGUGUUCUGUAUUUGAUGCAGGGGAUCACAUGGGAUUUAAUUCUUUCAUGUAAAGGUUAUGGUCAGAUGAUAUUUCCACAAAUCAAUUUCACCUUUUUUUUCUAUCACUUUUUUUUGCAGACGUAUUAUAAAUAAAUAUAAAUCCAACAAACGAUGUCUUCAUUUUUU